AGCGGCAGCAGGUGAGCGCGGAGCGGGGCGCUCGGCGCAGGGGAGCAGCAGCCACGUACCAAAGAGCCCCCGAGAGAGACGAGCCGGACUCCCCCAGCGCCGCCGCCGGCGCUGCUCCCCCCGACGCCGCUUUUGGGGGGCCGCCGCAGCAGCAAACCCUGGCCGCAGCGCCUCCGGAGCAGCAGACGCCCAGCGGCGCAGAGGACCGCCGGACAGCGCCAGGCGCGGCAGCAGGGGCGGCAAGGGAGGCGCCGGCGCAGCGCUCGGCCCUCGCCAGGACUUGGGGCGCCCUCGUGGCGGCCUCCCUGGGCCGCCCUGGACUGGCCUGCUGGGACUCGCCGCCCGGGACCCCCCCUGUGGAUUACUUGGCGCCCCUUUUUGUCCCUCGGGAUCCGCCCGGCGCCUCGCCCCGUUCCUUGGCUUCUCCCGGGACUAUUACCUCACCUUGCCACCGACCUCAGGACUGUAGUCUAGAGAAAAAGGCAGCAACGAUGCCAGACUCGCCAGCCGACGUGAAGACACAGUCCCGAUCCACGCCACCGAAUAUGCCGCCCCCAUCACCAGCCGUCACGCAGGGAGCCACGCGACACCCCACCUUCACGCCAAACCCUAAUCGCGAAGCUGGGCCGCCGAUGUUUCUGCCCCGUGGCCGUUUUCACGGUUGCUUGAAAUGGUCCAUGGUGUGUCUCUUAAUGAACGGAAGCAGCCACUCUCCCACGGCCAUCAACGGAGCGCCUUCCACCCCCAACGGCUUCAGCAAUGGGCCGGCCACGUCCUCCACCGCCUCCCUCUCCAAUCACCAGCUCCCUCCGGCCUGCGGGGCCCGCCAGCUCAGCAAGCUCAAGCGCUUCCUCACCACCUUGCAACAGUUUGGCAAUGACAUCUCUCCGGAGAUUGGGGAACGGGUCCGCACCCUGGUGCUGGGGCUGGUGAAUUCCACGCUGACCAUUGAGGAAUUCCACUCCAAGCUCCAAGAGGCCACAAACUUUCCGCUGCGUCCCUUUGUCAUCCCCUUCCUGAAGGCCAACCUGCCCUUGCUUCAGCGCGAGCUCCUCCACUGUGCCCGCAUGGCCAAGCAGACGCCCGCCCAGUACCUGGCCCAGCACGAGCAGCUGCUCCUGGACGCCAAUGCCUCCUCCCCCAUUGACUCCUCAGAGCUGCUCCUGGAGGUCAACGAGAGCGGCAAGAGGAGGACGCCAGACAGGACCAAAGAGAAUGGCUUGGACCGGGACCCUCUGCAUCCCGAACACCUCAGCAAAAGGCCGUGCACCAUGAGCCCCGCCCAGCGCUACAGCCCCAGCAACGGGCUGCCCCACCCCACGCCUCCGCCCCCUCAGCACUACCGCCUCGAGGACAUGGCCAUAGCACACCACUACCGGGACACCUACCGGCACCCGGACCCGCGAGAGCUCCGGGAACGCCACCGACAAGCAGCCGUGCACAGUUCCCGGCAAGAAGAAGUGAUUGACCACCGGCUAACAGACAGAGAGUGGGCGGAGGAGUGGAAGCACCUCAACAACCUGCUCAACUGCAUCAUGGACAUGGUGGAGAAGACCCGCCGCUCGCUCACCGUGCUGCGCCGCUGCCAGGAGGCAGACCGCGAGGAGCUCAACCACUGGAUCCGGCGCUACAGCGAUGCUGAGGACAUGAAGAAGGGCUCCAGCCCGGCCAGCCGCCCCCACAACAGCACAGCCAGCACCGAGGCACCCCCUCUAGAUGCUCAUCGCGAGUUUGUAUCCAGGCCCCUCUCUGGCUACAUGCCUGAGGAAAUCUGGAGGAAAGCUGAAGAAGCUGUGAACGAGGUGAAGCGGCAGGCCAUGUCCGAGCUGCAGAAGGCCGUGUCGGACGCGGAGCGCAAAGCCCACGAGUUGAUCACGACGGAGCGGGCCAAGAUGGAGCGCGCCCUGGCGGAGGCCAAGCGCCAGGCCUCCGAGGAUGCACUGACCGUCAUUAACCAGCAGGAGGACUCCAGUGAGAGCUGCUGGAACUGCGGGCGCAAGGCGAGCGAGACCUGCAGCGGCUGCAACACCGCCCGCUACUGCGGCUCCUUCUGCCAGCACAAGGAUUGGGAAAAGCACCACCACGUCUGUGGGCAGACUCUGCAAGGCCUCCAGGCCUCUACCGGGGCCCCCUCUGCUGCCGCCGGGGCGGGCCUGAGCGUGGCCUCGGCCCAGCCAGACGUGGUGGCCGUCAGCACCUCCGUGGCCGGUGCCGCUGCCGCAGCAGGCAGUCUCAGCGAUUCGGGCUCGGCUGCCGCUUCGCGUUCCGGCACGCCUGCCACGCCUGCGCCUCUGGACACGGCAUCCCGCUAGGCAGGCAGAAGGGAAAGGGAACCGGGAAACCGACCAAGCACUGCUGCUACCACUUCUCUCCAAAUGGAAAAAAAAAGAAUCCUGCAUUCAAUGCAAAUCCUCAGCUACCUGACACGUAUUUGACCUCUAAAACGACCUCUAUCUCUCACACGAAAUCCUCACGAAUCCUCAAACCUGGGCUUUAAGUGGAGUUAAGGCAAAUACCAAACUUCUCCGUUCACUCGUCCAUUUUUAUUUUUUUUAAUUAUUGUACUUCUUACCAAUAUGAUUUGGGGGAAUUUUAUGCUUUUUUAAAAACAUUUUUUGGGAUGAGGAAUUUGUCUGCAAGCAUGACGCAUCUCAACUGAUGAGGUAGGGGGGAAGGAAAGCAGAAAGCUCCUUCCGUCGGUCUUCUGCCGGAGAUGUGUUUAAGGGAAUAAAGAGUGAGCCCCCUUUUCUGAAAGAUGAGGGGGAGAAGGCAGGAAAAAUGGAUUUCAGUUACACAAGGCAAGAUUUUUUUCUUUUUUGUAAAAAAAUAAAUAAAAAUAAAUAAAAUAAAAAUAAACAAUAAAAACAUCAAACUCUUUGGCUUUAAGUAAAACAGAAAAGAAAAGAAAUCCAAAAAUAACCCAACAAAACCAAGUGAAGGAAGCUUACCUGUAAACUACCUUGCUAGCUAGCCAAGAAGAUACCAGAUUCACCUCUGCUCCAAAGGAAAUCCAAAAACAGAAGAAAAAAAAAUCCAAACUUUUUUCCACUGCCAAAGUUUUCUUUUUUUGUUUGGUUGGUUCCUUCUUUCUCUUUCUCCUCGUUUUGGGGUUUUUUAUUUAUUUGCGGUUUUGUGAGCCGAGGAGUCCGGCAUGAGCCGAGGUCCAGCAGCAACCGGACAGUUUUCGAUGGACGGCGAUGCUGGUGGAAUUUUCGACUCCUGGCGUUUUUGGAUGGGGUGGGAGGGGCUUCAUGCACUUGGACCUUCGCCGCUCUGGUGUCUCCUUGGAGGAGGACAGACGUGCAUCUGUGGGACCUGAAAGAUUUUUUUCGUAGAAUAAAGCAAAAACAAAAAAAAUACCCACCACUUUGUGUAUGUGUGCGCGAACGCGUGGUUGCGUGUGUGUCAGGCAGAAGCAACUUUCUGGGCUCCCUCCCUUGGUGGAUUAUAAAUCUGUUGCGUUUUUCUCUCAAAGAGCAUUUUUUUUAAAAAAAAAAAGUUUAAUGAAACGGCCACCUACACACCCACCCAGCCUGUUCCAGAGAGAGCACUGCUUCAGAAAACAACCCGCCCUGUGAGAAUCCGCUACCUGUUCUCCAGUGUUUUUUCAGUAACUGUUCCAGGGCUUUGGGCCUGGAGUGCCUCACCACUACCUCUCUCUGCUCUCCAUAACCUACCAAACCCUGGGCAGCUCCUUGGUUAUCCUGACUUCUUCCCAACACCCACCAAGAAUCUGAAGAAGUCCCUCUUGUUCCCCGCCCCCCACCCCACCCUCUCCGGAAGACUGCGUUGAUGGCCUGUAGAUACCCCUUGGCUUCUGUGUCUCGUCUUUCCAAUGUCUUCUCCAGUCCUGUGGCGAACCUCUCCCCUCACCUUUGGUUGGGUUUUCUCCCCACCCACCAGCCACCGCCUUCGUCUUCCAUCCCCAUCAGGUUUUGCAAUUAUUUCUGGGAGGAAACCAACAGAUGCUUGUCCUCAGAGGAGGAGGAGGAGGAGGAGACCGUGUUCAUUUCUCGCAUGUCUUGGGCAUCAUUGUACAAAGCGCGGAGUAGUACGGGAGUGCAAUAUAGGGGGAACGAACGCACGGCUGCAGGGAGGGGGAACCCUUAUAGACUGCCCAGCCCCAGGCUCAGGGCAUAAAUAUUGUACCUUUAAUGUGAAUGUAUAUAGUAUUUGCAGAGGUCCAAAUAAUGAUGAUGACGGUGAUGAAUAAUGAUGAUGAUGAUGAUAAUAAUAAUAAUAAAAAGAGACAUUUUGCCAAAUAAUUAAAAAAACACAAAUAAACCACUGAAGUAUGUAAAGGUUAGGAAAUAGGUUUUCAAAGCAUUAGAAGGUUUAAUUUUCUGGAAUCCACAGAAUCCUUUGUGCUUGGUUUUUCUUUUUCCCCCCUCCCCCAAAGAAGGGUUUGUGAAAGAGAGGAGCGGUCCCAGAGGGUGUCAUUGCUGAGAGCAACCAAGCAGGGGCCUGAUGGCUGUGUCACACGCCUUGGUCCUUUUCCUUGUUCCUGUGUCUCCCCAAUUCCUUUCCCUCCUUUCCUACCAUUUGCAGAAACACGAGACUCUCUCCCUCCCGUUAAGCUUUUCACCCCUUGCAAAGAGGCAUGUGUGGCAUGAAAGGGGUUAAUGGCUGCUGGUUGUUGUGGUGCUGCUGCUGGUUCCUUCCUUGCUCCUUCUUGUUGUCCCCACCACCACCACCACCUUCUUGUCCACAUCCCAGGCCCAGGUGACUGCACUGCUCUGGCAACAAGCUUCCUUCCCGUGGUUUUGCUACUCCGGGUGGCUCCAAGAAAUGCAAGGAGGUUGGUUCUGUGGGCAGGCAGGGGACAGGAGGGACGCUCCUUCAGCUGGUAGUGGCUUGUUCGGAGUUGGACCUGUAAGGCAGCCUUCCCCUGCCCCCCCCCCCGGCAACCUGUCCUUCCAGAGGCUCUCCUGCCUUUUGAGCAUGGCGAGGAGCCAUCAGGCAGAGCUAGCCAAGCUGAAGAGCAGAAGCUGGCUUCUGCUGCAUGGGGCCAUCGUCUGCCCUGCCUGCCAGGGACUCGCCAGUUUCUCCCAUCACUUGCUACCUGGUCCCUUUUUUUAAACGGGAGAUGCCAGGGAAUGCACCUUGGCACGGAGAAGGCCCCGUCACGGAGUUAUGGCCCCCUCCCCAGCCUUGAGAAGCAAAGGCCACCACCUUUGGAUCUUUCCUUCGGAAGAGACCCAAGGAAGGGGUCGGCUCCUCUGUGCCAGAUUCCCACGCCGUUGUGGCUGGAGAUUCUGGGAGUUGCAGGCCAAUAGCAGCUGGGGGCCCACCCAUUCGGGUCUGGGAACCCCUUCACGGGCACGCCUGGCUGCUGCUAGUCAUUCUGCGGCCAUCCUUUCUUUUAUGUGCUCUAGGAAGCCAGGGUGGAGCCUGCCUGCGGUAUGCUUUGCGGGGUGGCCGUCAGGCAGACCUAUGGAGCUGGUUGAUGCAGAGUCAGGCUCUAUGAUCUGUCUCGCCCAGUACUGAAUGGCGGCUCUGCAAGUUCUCAGGAGGGUGUGUGGGGAGUCAUUUCUCCUGUCACCUGCGAUCCUGGGGCCGUCUCCAUGAAAAGCCUGAGCUCUGUCACUGGGCUGUGGCCUUUCCUUUUGCCUCUCCCUCUUCAGAGGAGCUAGGCAUGACAGGGCUGGCCUUGGGCCAAUGGACCAUUGGCUUGACUCCGUAUAAGGCAGCUCUUUGUCUAUGCCAAGGGCAGCCAAUCUGAAGCUCCCCAGCUAUUGCUGGGCCACAACCCCCACCACCCCAGCUGCAAAGCGCUGCAGCUGGGGAUGAUGGGAGUUGUAGUCCAACAGCAGUUGGAGAACCUCCGGUUGACCACCUCUGAUGCAUGCAUCAACUAAGGGCAGCCAGCAGGCCUGACGUCCCCUGGACGUCUUGUGCUCUUCUUCUCCAUGCUGCCCCCCCCUCCAGUUCCGUCCAGCUUCUGAACAACGCUGCCCUUCUAUCUAAAAACGGCGAGAAACAAGUGGCAAGGAGUAGGAGCCCCAUGCACACAGCCCGUAGCUCAUAGCUGUGCUUGCCACCCUCCCGUCACUGGAAGCAUUUUAAUGCUUGACACCGAAAGGGCAGAGGGCUGAUAUGACACUGAUCUCCGUGUUUAAGUCGGGCUCUCUGCAGGAGAGAUGUUGAUUGGUACGGGACAGCGAGCGAGGGCUGCCUGAAGGUCUGCUGCAAAACAGCUGGGCUUACCUCUGGCACGGAACCAGUCCAGAACUCUUGCGAGAGAUUUGUUUAGUCACCGUAUAGUAUUUCCGUCACUUGCUGUAGAUGUGGCCAAAGACAUAGGAACCUAGGAAGCUGCCAUAUACUGAGUCAGACCAUUGGUCUGUCUAGCUCAGUAUUGUCUUCACAGGCUGGCAGCGGCUUCUCCAAGGUUGCAGGCAGGAGUCUCUCUCAGCUCUCUCUUGGAGAUGCUGCCAGGGAGGGAACUUGGAACCUUCUGCUCUUCCCAGAGCGGCUCCAUCCCCUGAGGGGAAUAUCUCUUCCAGUGCUCACACCUGAAGUCUCCCAUUCAUAUGCAAUUAGGACGGGCCCUGCUUAGCUAAGGGGACAAGUCAUGCUUGCUGCCACCAGACCAGGUCUCCUGAAGACCCCUUCAUGGGUCCAACCCCAAGUUCUCCUUACGCUGCUCUUCCCUCCCAUGCUAGGCAGCCUCAUUCAAAACAGAAAUUGGUUAAGGCACAGGUAGUGGUUACACAGGCAGACCUAGAGGGCCACUUCGCUGGCCUGCCCAGCCCCGGGUGUCUUGUUGUGCGGCCACUAGGGAAGCAAGGACUUCUCCUUCCUUGUUCCUUCCGCGUACCUCUGGUUCACUGUGCAUUGGACUGCAUGAUGCCUGGAUUCUGGUUUAACCUGGAGCAUUUCGAGGCCGCAGAGCAGGCUUUACUGGGUUUACUGCGAGGCUUUACUGUGAGUUUGAAUUUGCCCCCCAAAAACCAACACAAAAAGUGGAUUUUUUUUUUUACUCCGGACAUAAAUCGGGCUAUGCUAUAAUGCAUGAUGAGAAACCCGAAUUGUGUCUGGAGUGCUCCCCAAUAGCUCACAGGGACUCUGGGGUAAAUCUGGCCAAUAUGUGAAGGCACACCCUUCAUUCCGGAGGAGAAGCAAGCUAAAAGCCCCAUCUGGAAACAUUCCUGGAGAACUUUUGAAAUUAAUUCUGAGCUCGUAGCACCUGCAACAAAUGGUGUUUGUGCACCACUCUAUACAAUUCUGAAAUGGAAAUUAGAGCCCUGCAGAAUUCUGAAUGCAUCUGUUCCAUUUCAGAAACAAAAUGAGGACAUCUGGAAUUCCAAAAUCAAGUUCAGAAGCAUCCCUCGUGGCCAAGCAUUGGUGGCGUGGCAAUUCUGAGGGGAAGGGCAUUGCCCGCCUCUGGUUUAAGCUCCCUGGAAACAAACCGGAGGCAGAACAGAUUGGUACUUCCUUGCGAGUAGUGAGGAUGUGUUUAUCACGCCAUAUAUGUAUAUUGUUUAUUUUUCAAUAAAAUAAAUUAUGGGCA